AUGGCGAUCUGCCGCUCGAGCCUGAUGGCGCCGCGAUCGCUGAGGUUGGGGAUCGCGUCGAGGGUGGACGGGGUGCGCGGGCGAGGCCUGCGGCUGGUCGUGGUGGCCGCCAAGCGAUCGGUGGGGGACCUGAGCGAGGGGGAACUGAAGGGGAAGAAGGUUCUGGUGCGGGCGGACCUGAAUGUUCCACUGGACGAGGGGCAGAACAUCACGGACGACACGCGGAUAAGGGCGGCGGUGCCCACGCUCAAGUACCUCACGGACAACGGAGCCAAGGUCCUGCUCACGUCGCACCUGGGGCGGCCAAAGAGUGGUCCAGAGGACAAAUUCCGCCUGAACCCUGUUGUUCCACGGCUGUCAGAGCUGUUGGGCUCCUCGGUGUCAAAAGUGGACGACUGCAUUGGCAAUGUUGUGGAGCAGGGGGCAGAAGCCAUGGCCGAUGGCAGCGUGCUACUGUUGGAGAAUGUGCGCUUCUAUUCUGAGGAAACCAAGAACGACCCUGGCUUCUCGGAGAAGCUUGCUGCCAACGCCGAACUUUAUGUGAAUGAUGCCUUUGGGACAGCCCAUCGUGCACACUCAUCCACUGAAGGGGUGACCAAGUACCUGUCGCCCUGUGUUGCGGGAUUCCUGCUCCAAAAAGAGCUGGACUAUCUUGAUGGAGCUGUGUCCAGCCCAAACAGACCCUUCUGCGCCAUCGUUGGUGGAUCCAAGGUGUCAUCGAAGAUCACUGUCAUCGAAUCCCUCUUGGCAAAAGUGGACAAGAUCAUUCUUGGGGGUGGAAUGGUCUUUACAUUCUACAAGGCUCGGGGCAUGAGUGUUGGAGACUCUUUGGUUGAGGAGGACAAGCUGGACCUUGCUAGGGACCUGGAGAAGAAGGCAGCAGACGCUGGGGUGGAGUUCAUUCUUCCCACUGAUGUCUGCAUCGCAAACAAGUUCGCCGCCGAUGCCGACUCGCAGAUUGUAUCUGCUGAUGCCAUUCCUGAUGGCUGGAUGGGUUUGGAUAUUGGGCCUGGGUCAAUUGAUUCUAUCAAGGCUGCCCUCUCUGACUGCAAGACCAUCGUGUGGAAUGGACCUAUGGGAGUCUUCGAAUUCGAAAAGUUUGCCACUGGCACAACGGCUGUGGCUAAGUAUCUGGCAGAACUGACAGGGCAGGGCUGCACGACCAUCAUUGGCGGUGGUGACUCAGUGGCAGCAGUCGAGCAGGCAGGCCUGGCACCAAAAAUGAGCCACAUUUCCACAGGUGGCGGUGCUUCGUUGGAGCUCCUCGAAGGCAAGGUCCUUCCUGGCGUUGCCGCCCUCGAUGAGGCCUAA